CCGCCGCCGCCCGCCAUGAUCCGCGCCCGCCAGCUCCUCCGCCUCGCGGCGCUGCCGCCGCCCCGCGCCCGCUCCUACGCCGAUGCUGCGGCCGGGCCCGCGGCCAUGGCCUUCACCUUCGCCUCCCCCACGCAGGUGUUCUACAACGGUGCCAACGUGAAGCAGGUGGACGUGCCCACCCUGACCGGCUCCUUCGGCAUCCUGGCCUCCCACGUCCCCACGCUGCAGGUCCUGAAGCCAGGAGUGGUGACGGUGUACGGAGAGGACGGCACGGCCACCAAAUACUUCGUGAGCAGCGGCUCCGUCACGGUCAAUGCAGACUCCACGGUGCAGGUGCUGGCGGAGGAGGCGGUGACGAUGGACAUGCUGGAUCUGGCUACUGCAAAAUCAAACCUGGAGAAGGCCGUUUCAGAGAUGGCUGCAGCCUCCGACGAAGCUGCUAAAGCCGAAGCCCAGAUUAAAGUGGAAGCCAACGAGGCUCUCGUCAAAGCUUUGGAGUAACAGGGUUGGGAGGCUCUCUGUGCAGCGCUGUGCUGUGCCUGGCAGGAAUCCCACUGACGCUCUAGAAAAACCCCAGGCUGUCCUACUUGUUCUGGCUUUCCCGUUUGUACAGAUGGUGUGGGACAAAUGGAGGCGGAGAAACUGCUCUGAUCAAUUAAAAGGAAAUGCAGUCC